AUGCGCGGUCCUCGGCCGCGGCUGCCGGCGCUGCCCGCGCUGCUGUGGCUGGCGCUGGCCCCGCUGCCCGGCCCCGCGGCGCGGGCGGAGCUGCGGGUGCGGGUGCGGCUGCCCGGCGGGCAGGUGACGGAGGAGAGCCUGCAGGCCGACAGCGGGGCUGACUGCGUCAGCCUGGAGCUAAAGGCGGCCGACGGCGCCCUCGUCACGCUCACGGCGGAUUUCAGACAGGAGGUGAAGAUUUUCCGUGCCUUAAUCCUCGGGGAGCUGGAGAGGGGUCAGAGCCAGUUCCAGGCCCUCUGCUUUGUGACCCGGCUGCACCGCAACGAGAUCAUCCCCAGCGAGUCCAUGGCAAAGCUGCGGCAGAAAAACCCCCGGACAGUGAGGCAGGCGGAGGAGGUGCGAGGUUUGGAGCAUCUCAGCAUGGAUGUGGCUGUGAACUUCAGCAAGGCAGCCCAGCUGAGCUCUCACAUCCACAACGUCUGUGCAGAGGCCAAGGAGGCCAUUUACACCCGGGAGGAAGAUGUCAAGUUCUGGCUGGAGAAAGGCGUGGACGGCUCCAUGUUCGAGGUGCUGCCGCAGGGCUCGGACCUGCCGGAGCUGCAGCGCUGCCGGCGCUGCCCGGACCGAUGGAAGCCCUGCAUCUGCAGCUACUCGCUGAGCAUCGAGUGGUACCCCUGCAUGCUCAAGUACUGCAAGAGCCGCGACGCCGGGGGCAAGGUGUCCUCCUACAAGUGCGGCAUCCGCAGCUGCCAGAAGGGCUACACCUUCGAUUACUACGUGCCUCAAAAGCAGCUCUGCCUCUGGGAUGAGGAAACUUAG